GAAUUAAAUGCAUCGAAUUCUUCGAUUUUCAACCCAGUCCUGCAAAAUGGUAAAAGACAGCGGCACCGUGAUCAGCGAAUUCAACGGCCUCGUCAACAUGAGCGCCAACGAGCUACGCGACUGGCUCAAGGAAGAGCAAUCGCAGUCAUCGGGGUGGCAGAACGAGUCUGGUUCUGGUGAAACGAUCGGGCACGAAAGUGGUCGCAAAAUUGUCUCUAUUCUCGAGCACAAUCCGUCCAAGGAGCCGUCUGAGUAUUCAGACGAAGACGUCGACCAUAUGCGUCGCGUCGUGUCGUAUUGCAAGCGGCAUCUGGCGCAGGAGGGGACGGCGAAGCAGGAUACGACGAGUAAGAGUUAUCGUAGUUUGAAGAACUGGGGGCAUGAUGCGUUGAAGGAGUGAUUACUAUGUUUAUUUUAGAAUUUAUGGUGAUAAGAUAUAGCUGGUUAAGCUGCUUUACUAGUAAUAUAUGUCCUUAUUAUCUGCUUUACUGGAUGUGGUGAAUGGAGACAGAAAAACGAGACUAACUGAAAGGCGAUC